CUGAGCCCGGAUAUUCUAGGCCCGGAGGAGUGUGAGUCUACAAGACUACAACACCAUAAUCCCCAGGCCACCGCCGCACCUGACUCCCAACUCCCAAACCCUACGUGCUACGGCGAGUCGGCGUCGGCGACCCCGCCGCCGGUCGACUGCUCCAGGCCUCUCGCCGGGCACUACCGAGUUCCAGGAAGCGAUUUCGUUGUGGCCGCCGGACGGGAGCCGAGGAACAUGGCGGCGGCGGGGAUUCCGUCGUCGUGGGAGGAGCUCCCGGAGGACCUUCUGGGCCAGGUGCUCAGGCGCCUGCCGUCCCUCGCCGACCGCGUCCGCCUCCGCGCCGUCUGCCGCCCCUGGCGCUCCGGCGCCGCCGCCCGGCGGCACCCGCUGCUGCCCCCGCCGCUCCCUUGGUUCGCCCUCCACGACGGCAGCCUCGUCGACCACCACGGCGCCCCCGUCCGCUGCGGGCCCAUCCUCCGCCAGGGCGUCCACUUCUGCUACCUCGCCGUCGACAACCUGGCCUUCCUCGUGCACCACGACGGCGGAUGCUCUCUGAUGAACCCUCUCUCCGGUCUGGCGCUCCCGCUCCCGAAGCUGGGCCCUGCUGUGCGCCGAGCGAUCGACAGUUCUACCGUUUACGGUCGAUCUUGGAUCCGGGAGGGGCAUGUUAAGGUGAAAAUCCUAUCCUCCCCAGUCGGCCCUACGCCGGAUUCCCUUGUGGCAACCAUAAUUACAGAAGGAUACAGCGUUGCGGUGGCUCCUGGCAAGGAUCAUGAUGUGACCAGCAUCAGCUUGCGUCCUUUGGACGGUCUAACAAGGAUCUCUGAUAUUGCCUUCUUCCAUGGGGACCUCUACGCUCUCACAGAUAAAGAAGGGCUUCACAUCAUGAAGCUUGAUGUCUGUGGCCUCAACCCAAAUUUCUCGCAAGCCUUCCAUCCGAGCAUCGCUGAUGACCCCAAGCAGCAACAAAUAUACUUUUGUGAUGACCCCAAUCAGCCACAAAUAUUCGACGCAAGAGACAUGCCUCCUGGGUGUGUGGUCCUGCGUUACCUAGCAGAAUCUGAUGGCAGGCUGUUGAUGGUCAGGCGGUGGAUGAGCUUUCCACCGAUAGCUCGGCUGGGGGACCACGACAGGACUUGGCGGUUUGAGGUCUUUGAGGCAAACCUUGCUACCAUCCCUGGACAGUGGGUGAAGAUGGAGAGCUUGGGUGGACAGGCUCUCUUUCUUGGUUUACAAUGCUCCAAGUCAGUCCUUGCUAGCCAAUUUGCAGGUGCAGUUCGUGAGGAUUGCAUCUACUUCAUGCAUAGGACUUUCGACCAACCAUAUAGGCAAAGCAACCUAGGUAACCCUAUGGAUCCUCUUGCUGACUCUGGUGUAUACAACAUGAGAAAUGGGGAGAUCACACCAUUGCUGCCGGAGUCUGUGAUGGCAGAGCUGCAGCGCAAACGCCAGUUUCUGACUUGGUUUUUUCCUGCUGAUGAAUAACUUUCUUCUCAUCUUAAAUGAUUUUUCUGUCAUGGGAACAUCAGUAUGCUGGACAUGUUUUACUUCCUUUUAUUGGUAGUCAGUUGAAAUGAUCUGUAGAAUCAAGCUAUGCAAAAUCUAAAACGCCUUUGAUUUUUAAACCUGUUAUUUGCAUGCUUUGGAAUAUUGGUCGCCUUUCAGGCCAACAUUUUGUAAUAAGACACUGUAUGAUCUCACAAGUGACAGCUAUGGAUCAAUUUUGUUUGCCUAUGAAUUUGCUGAA